GGGGGCGGAGCUGCCAGUGUCAAUUGCUCCAAGUGUCGGGCCCGAAGCAUCCUCCAGGUACCUGCCCCUCCCGGCGCCUCGAACGGCAGACCAGUCACCAAGGAUUUUGUAUCCGAGGUCCAAAAGUUUGUUACCCAAGAUGAUGAAUGCUGACAUGGAUGCAGUUGAUGCUGAAAAUCAGGUGGAAUUGGAGGAAAAAACACGACUUAUUAAUCAAGUGUUGGAACUCCAACACACACUUGAAGACCUCUCUGCAAGGGUAGAUGCAGUGAAGGAAGAAAAUCUGAAGCUAAAAUCAGAAAACCAAGUUCUUGGACAAUAUAUAGAAAACCUCAUGUCAGCUUCUAGUGUUUUUCAAACAACUGACACAAAAAGCAAAAGAAAGUAAGAGAUCAAUAUCCUUUCUCUGUUAUGGAUUGCUGCUGAUCUUUUUUUUAAAAACUUGGAUAGAUUCCAGAAGUUAUAGUACUUUUGUUUGUGGCUUCAUUGAAUAUUUAUGAAGAUGAUGUCAGAUCUAGGCAAAAUUAAGAGCAUAACAGACUUCCGUGAGUUUGUGUAUUAUGUUAGUCUAUGAAAACAUGAAAAUGUAGAGACUUUAUAAUUAGAAAUGCUUAUAUUUAUGAAACUUGAUGUCUUAUCAGAUUUAGGUUCAGCACUGUCUUUUAUUAUAUAGUAGGAGAUACAAGAAAAUAACCAUGUUGUGAAAAGUGACCAAAAUCAUGUACUGAAUGCACAGCUUUAUGUACCCUGUCUACCAUCUUGUGCCUCUUCUUCAUUUGCUUCUUCCUUCCUUCCCAUUUCCCUUAUCCUGAAGGAAAAACUGGUUUCACAUUUGUAAGAGCAAUUUUAGUAGUUAAUCAUUUAUGAGAGUAACCUGAACAGUAUUGUUGAAACUUAACUAAAAGUUAGGGAUUGUUAUUUAUUAUACAGCCACCCGCCCACAAAAUGACGUUUCAGUCCAUGACAGACUGAAGAUACAACAGGUAUAUACCAUGUAGCCUAGGUGUGUGUAGUGGGCUAUACCAUCUAGGUUGGUGUAAGUGCACUCUGUGACGUUUGCACAACAAAAUUCCCCAGUGAUGCUUUUCUCAGAACGUAUCCCAGUCAUUAAGCAGUGCAUGACUGUAUUUAAUACUGGGAUUUAGGUAGGAUUGUUGGUUUUCUUUAAUCAUUUGAAAACAGAAGCUAUAAAAAUGAAGUGGGCGUUUUUCUUGAAGCUGAAUUGGCAAGUUGGGAAAUUUUGUGAUUGGAAACUUCCUUUUACACAAAAUAACUUGGAAUCUGAAAAGAUGAACUCUGGUUGUACGGAUGUUUGAAAUACAAAAAUUUUGAGGAAAAAUAGAAAUAGGAUGGAAAAAGUACUUGGUAAAUAGUAGUAACCAACUCCAAAUAUUUUUACUCCAUAUUUGUGUUAUCUCUGGCACAGAUUAGAUCUUUUGGGGGAUAUAUAUGAAAGUGGAUUAAGUUUGACUCACCUAUGUAAACCGCAUCUACAAUAGUUACAAAGAGUUUGGUCUCAAAGUAUAUUUAUAGUAUCUAGCAGAUCAAUUUUUGCAAAAUCUUUUGAGUGUAUUGGUAUCAGAAUCAUGAAUAAAAUGGGAGAGUUUUCAUGUAAACUAAUCGAUAAUGUUCAGUAUUUUAUCUCACUACUUCUCCCUGAGUUUUCUGUAAGCCCAGCUACUUGGUAUGCAGAGUUUUAAUCAUUCUUUAACAAUUUUUUUAAAAUUUAGUUUGUAGAUUCCAUUUGCUAAGGAAAUUAAUAUCAGAAUUAAUAUAAAAAUAUAGGAAAAGAGAUUCAUUAAUAUAAAUUAUAGUUACUAGAUUUGGGCUACUUUUAAUCAUGGAAUAAUCUUAUGUUUGUAUUGGUGUAUGAUUCAAUGAAUGACUUUAGCUAUAUGAAUAUACUGGUAUAAUCAUAAUGCAAAACAUUUUGCAUCCUUUUUGUUACCUAAUUUACAAAUGUUUAUAAUUGUGUUGCAAUUUUGCUUUGCUGUUUAAUAAAAGGCUGUUUCAGAAAAAAAAAAAA